AUGUCCAAUAAUAUUAGUGCCUUUAAGCAGCACUUAUGGUCGCUCUUUCAGUCGUACUCAUACAUCGCAAGUGGAGGUGUCAGGGGUGGGCCGCCUGCGCGGCGGCUGAGCGAGAGUGGGUACCGUGCCAUCAUGUCGUUGCUUGCGAACAUUAACGUUAUCAACCGCUUUUUCCUUGCUGAGGACGAAAUUACGAAACGUGAAAGUGUCAAACGCAUGGAGUCUGAACGCUUUACGGACGAAGUAUGGGAUGAGAUGAUUUCUGCAGGGGAACGUCUCCUAGAUUCCGUCAGUGGUGGUACCAAGACUGUUGCUCAGGAAGAGGAGGAGGAGGCUGACCUGGUGCCUUCAGCAGCUUAUGAUUACCAUGUCAUGCGGCCGUCGUUUGAGCACAAAACUAUAAGUUGGGAAGUUCUCAAUGCUGUGCUAUUACUGCGCCUAAGCAACUCCUUGCACCUGCACGUUGGGGAAUAUGUUCUGCAAGAGUGUCGAGAAACCCUAAACCCCUCUGCGUGGCUACUACCAGCGCGAAGCUCCUGUGAGGCACCGAGGCUUACCGAUUCCGUAUCUGUUUCAUUUCAAAAUGAGCGGGACUCUUGUAGUGACAGAGUAAGCCCCGAAACAAACUCCAUGCCUCUUUCUUUGACAAACGCAAUGAGACCGGUAACCCAGUGCAGUCCCACCACGGUUAAUUCCCCAACGUGUAGUAGAAGCAAGGCGAGUGUCGAUGAUAAGGCCCCUGUGAACGCUGUAGACGUACCCGCCGAAAAGGUGCUGCUGACGUCAUUGUCCCUGUUGGAGCGUCGUAGGCCGCAGAGUAAGGGGGCUUGUGAGCUGUCAGGUGCAGUCAUGGGCCGUGUUGCUGUGCCGUCAUCUGCCCCAGUGGGGGAUGGCACGGCCACUCGCUUUGUGGAUUCAUUUGGUGAGCGCAGGGACAUUAAGAAGAGCAUUCUUACUGAUGCGGGCCCACACCAGUCCUCUCCUCCGCCACGCCCGAAGCAGUCAUCUGCGGCCAUUCCCAUCGUUUCCUGGUCAGCUCGUAUUGGUUCAGUGAAGUGGAAACAGGCUCCAGUAGGGAUUAAAGAGCUGCGGCAAAGACUUGCUCGAGGCGGCGAGGAUCAGUCAGAGAGAAUUGACGCUCACGCGUUGUUCACGGAAUCGAGAAGGGACGUGGUAUCACCAUCCAUGGAAACGGCACUGGAAAUGUGGAGUACCGACGACCUAUCAAGGAGUAGCCUCCCGUUGGACGCGGCAUUCGAAGCUUGUUGUGUGCGGUACGACGACGAGUCGAAUCAACGCUACAACGAGGGAACCCAACAGGCUUUACAGUGUUUGGGCCCAUUUCCAGAAGCAUCUUUUUCGCCGUCGCCGAGUCCAAAGCCGAUUCCCGGUGCGAAGGUAAUCGUGGCAGCUGUCACAUCCGAGACACAAGAUGUCUCCUACCCGCCAGUUGGAAAACACACAUACGUGUCCAAGAAGAAAGUUUUGGCUUCUGAUAACGCUCAUGAUGGCAGCUUGCGGCAGUGUGUACAAGUCGGCCAUGCACAUGGGGCAAUUGCCUGUGGAAGGCCAACUGGUCCGCAAGAAGCACCUCAGCCGAAGCCCUUUACAUUACUACCCGCGAAAGGUGGGGUAAGUAAGCAGCCCAUGCCACCGCCCUCACCCUCCCGACGGGCCCUCUCCCGUGUGACGAGGGGUCAAUGUCCUGUACAACCCAUUGUUCCCCGCACGAGAGCGCCCCUAACCGGGUAG